CUCGUCAGGGACAUGAUAUUCUCCUGCUGGCGUCCAGUUCCUUUCCACCGUCAACUCCGGCGGCGGCUUGGUCACCCCGCACAUCGCUACCGGCGAAUGCCAUCGCCGCCUCCGUCCCUCAAUCUCCGCUCCGGCAGCUCCCACGGAGAAGCAUGCUUGGGAUGAAGACUCAAACGAAGAAAGAUGGUUCAAGGGUGGAUUUCGAUUGUUGUCUCCAGAGCUCAACGUCUCAACCCAGUAGAAUUUGGGGGCAAGUGAUCGAGUCUCAAAGCCCCAAAGGUAUCAAGAGUUCUCCUGCGGAUAUCCUCACCUUUUGAAGUUUCUGAGUGCCAAAAGAUCUGAUUCCUGCAGAGUCCAGCAAUAGCGUUGUGUUAUCUAAGCCAUUUGCUCACGCACCCAUGGUUUUGACAAACAGAAAUGUCCCUUCUUGCUGUCUGCGCAGCAUGGUUUGAGUAGCUUGCACUCCAAGUGGCAAACAUUUUUAAGAAUUGAUGCGGUCUCCAUUCCGGUUAACUAGUGGCUUCUCUAUUAGACAUAUUUUCCCUUAGAUGUCGUGUGCAAAUUGUCAGACAUGUCAACAUGCUUUAGUUUUGAUUUAAAAAUGUCACAUGACAACAAACUUUUGAAAGAUUGGCUGAAGGGAAGCUGCUUGGAUACUACCCUGGUCUCUGUCCCCAUCUUUGUUGGCAACCUAUCAGGGACACCGGACACGUAUAUAUAGUAGCAUUGGAGCCCCUCCGCUUGUACCCAUCCCACAUCCAUUUGUUCAAGCGACUUGAGGUUUCUAGUUCUAGUUGGCUUUGUUGUAAAUUAAGUAGCACACAAAUGGAUAUGCAGGAAGGAAGGAAAGGGAUACCAUCCUUGCUCUCCUCACAGGGGGAGUGCAUUGCAUCCAACAUUACACAGUUAAUUGGUUGGACACCACUGAUAGAACUGAAAAAUAUUGCCAAGAAGGAUGGAAUAAAUGCUCGGCUCAUUGGGAAGAUUGAGCCAUACCAGCCCCUUUCCUCUGUCAAGGAUCGAAGUGCUCUCAGAUUGAUUGAAGAUGCAGAGGAGAAAAACCUGAUCUCACCUGGCAUAACAACACUAGUGGCAGCGACGAGUGGUAAUCUUGGUAUUGGGGUGGCACUUGUUGCUGCUCAGAAAGGCUAUAAGUUCAUCGCUGUCAUGCCAGCAAAAAUCGCAAUAGAUAAGCAGAUAUUAUUGAGGUACUUGGGCGUUGAAGUGAUAUUAGUUGAUCCUGCAAUUAAUGGAUUCAAGGGGCUACUUGAUAGAGUAGAACAGCUGAAGAAUGAAAUGGAAAAUGUAUAUGUUAUAGACCAGUUCACCAAUCCUGCGAAUCCUGAUGCACACUUCAGAUGGACUGGACCUGAGAUUUGGAAAGAUACAGAAGGCAAAGUGGACAUAUUUGUCGCUGCGUCUGGUUCAGGAGGUACCUUGACAGGCACAGGGAGGUAUCUGAAGAUGAAGAGUCCAUCUGUAAAGCUAAUGUGUGUUGAACCAGCUGAAAGUGCAGUAAUUUCAGGUGGUGAGCCAGCAUAUCAUAAAAUACAAGGGAUAGGGCCUGGUUUUGUCCCAGAAAUACUAGACACGUCACAAAUAGAUGAAAUCAUAACAGUUACUGCCCAAGAAGCCAUGGACGUGGCGAGAAGGUUGGCAAGGGAAGAAGGAUUGCUCGUUGGCAUAUCUUCAGGGGCAAAUGCAGCUGCCUGUUUAAAGGUUGCGGCAAGAGAGGAGAACAAGGGCAAGAUGAUCGUGACGAUGUUUUCCAGCGGCGGGGAGAGGUACCUGAACUCGGAACUCUUUGCACAGGCGAAAGAGGAAUGUGUCAACAUCAACAUGGCCUUCUGAAUGUUCAGGUUGAGGCAAUGUCAGCAUAUGGCUGAGCCCGAAGUGCAAUGCGGUCCUAAAGUCUACUUCGCAAGAUUUCGCGUUAAUUGUAGUCUGACUCAGUGGGUUAUAAGAUGUAAGGAGUACCUUAGUAAGUGACAUAAAACCAGACAAUGUAUCUUUAUCCUUUUAUCAAAAAGGAAAUGCAAUUAACUGCUGUGAUUAGUUCUGCUGAAGCA